UGUCAUAAUGAUUUAAUUGUAAGAUAGUGAUUUAAAAAUCACAGUUAUUUUAAAUCGCACUUAUCACUAUAAAAAUAAAUAAUGACCUCGAUAAACUGAAGUGUUUCAUAUUUUUUAUACUUAAUUAUUUUUAAAACCUUUUAUAUUUGUUUGCUUUAUCAGUUUAUUCUAGUUUAAUUUAAGGUUAUAUUCCUACAAUAAUGAUUUGUAAAUACUGUGAAUUUAAAACGUAAAAAAUAAUAUUUGUGAUGACGAUUUUCGUCAGUAAUAUUCGGCGAGAAGCAGGAAGAAUUUUAUUUUAUUUAAGGACAUCAACAAAUAAUUCAAUAAAAUUGUCUAUUAUGAGACAUCAGUCAACGAGUUUCUUACCAAAACGUGUUCUUAUUGUCACAAAAGUAUCAAGAUUUAAAUUUGAACGGUUACGAGAACCAGAUAUUGAUGAAUCACUAUUUAAAUUACGUUUACUACAACGAGGAUCUAAUUAUGAUUCGAUGUUAGCAAAUCAUGAGAAAAAUAAAAUCGUUGAGAGAAAACUCGUGGAUACUUUAGAAAAAAAUCAAAUUGAAUAUAAAAUAACAAAUAGAUUUACUAUUGAACAGGCGCACUUUGAUUGGGCUGAGCUGAUUAUAGCAGUUGGUGGUGAUGGAACAUUUUUACUUGGUGCUAAUCUUAUUAUUGACAAUAAAAAACCAAUUUUCGGAAUAAAUUCCGAUCCAGAUUCAUCAGAAGGAUAUUUGAUGCUGGAUCGACGUUACACUAAUGAUAUUCCAAAGAUUUUUAAACUAUUGAACGCGGGUGACUAUGAAUUCGUCAUGAGAACUAGGAUUAGAGUUACGAUUCAAGGAGAAAAAAAUCAAAUUUGGCAACCGACAUUUCAUAUGCAUGAAAAAAAUCAUAUUGUUGGUCAGAGUAACUGUCAAGUUAAUAGCAAUCAAGUUUUAGAUUCGGACAGUCAAGUAUCUGACCAACGAAAAUUACCUUGGCUGGCAUUAAAUGAAGUAUUUAUAGGUGAAGCAUUAUCAGCUAAAACAAGUUUGCUGGAAAUCCGUAUAGAUGAUGAAGAAAACUAUCACAAAUUUAAGAGUUCUGGAAUUUGUGUAAGUACCGGAACAGGUUCGAGUGCGUGGUAUAAAGCAAUAAAUAGUUUGACACCACAAACUGUUAAAGAAAUUUUAAAUGUUGCAUCGCCAACUAAUAAAUAUACUGACAAAGAAAUUGAUAAAAUUUCUAGCGAUUACAAUAAUAGUCUUCAAUUUUUAUCAGAUGACGUGCGAAUGAGUUACGCUAUUAGAGAUAUUAUUUUAAAUGACAUAUGGCCAUUGCCAAAAACAAUAAAACCUCGUGCAUUCUGUAAUCGCUUAACAAUAAGAUCACAGUGUUAUGAUGCAGGGUUGGUGUUAGACGGUGGUAUAGGUGUACCAUUCAAUAUUGGCUCGAUUGCCAUUCUCGAGACACAUCCAGACGAUGCGCUUAGAACAAUUAAAUUACCAAAUUAAAUAAUUUAUUUAUAAUUAAAUCAAACAAAAAAAAUUUAUCGACAUAAAUCGUAGGGAACUUGAUUUUUAUAAAACUCAAGAAUUGUUAUCGGUGAAAUCAGACGUUUCAACGUUCAAUUGUGAUUUUAUUAGGAAACAUUAGAUAGCAAUACAAAAAAAAAAAAAAAAUGAAUAAAUAGAACGAUUAACGACAAUAGUAAAUUACAUUUUUAUAAUAAAAGGUAACGAUGUCGAAAAAUUGUGAUAUCUUGAUCUAAUAAUUCUAUUAACGAUAAAAUGACUUGCAAUCAUGGAAAAUAAUAAUUUAUUUUUUUCAACCGUCGAUCAAGUCACAAUAAAUUGACAAAAAUCAAAUUCUUGAGUUUUAUUAAAAUCAAAAUUAUUUACGAUUUUUUUUUUUAUUACAAAACAUAAAUAUUAUUACGUAAUGAACAAAAA